GAAUGACCAGCACCACUGGCAUCACGACGCGGGCUCUGCUGUCUUUGUAUUUAUGAGAGCUGAAGGCUUUAAAUCUGUGACUGUGUCCGCGGUGCAUUUUGAAAGCGUAUAUAUGCUAUCAUCGAGUUCUUUGCUGCUUUUUUGUUCUGCACUACAGAAAAUCCUAAUUUAAACCCAUUCGAGCUCGUUGUUGUUGUUUUUUUGCACUAGAGAAAAUAAUUUAAAUGCAUUCGUGCAGCAUUUUAAGGCGAACGCGAUCUGCGAUGUCGUUGCUCGUUCUUUUAAAUCGGAAUUAAGAAGAACAUCAUUUAAAUACGUUGGUGGUGCAUUUCAAACCAUGCCCAUGUCAUCUGCCAGCGAGUAAAUCUGCACGUCGGAACGCUUACUGGUAUUGGACAGUUUAAGGAGUCCAUCUAAGUAGAAUUUCUAUUGUGGCCACCACUUUUUCUGAAGAAAUGGACCAUCAUCAGGCUCUGUCAGACUCUCUGCUUGGCCCCAAGGAUAGUGGACCUUCAGGAGUCCAGACAGAAGAACCCAUCACCUCUCAGUCCAGGACAGCCAAGGCAGACUCAUUCCCCUGCCUGCGGAUCCUUUCUCUGCCCCAGCAAAUCCAGGAGGAGCCCCAUCAGCAUGGGGAGGUCAGCGUGGUGGUCAGAGAUAAAACCGAGAACGCAGGUCAUGGGGUUUACACUUCUCAGCCAGAAGCUAAAACAUCGCCCCCUGCUUUCUCAUCUCCGCCACGGCGCCAUCAUUCUGUUCCUCACACAUCCCACCCUCACCUGGGCCAAACACGUAAGGGCAGCAGGUCCAGCUCCAUCGCCUACACGGCCUUCCCCUCCCGACCAUCUCUGUCCCGCCACUCCAGCUUGGCCACCAACCCAUCGCUGGACCGCUCCAAACCUAACGACUACCUCAUUCUGGCCAUAACCGCCUGCUUCUGUCCUGUCUGGCCCAUCAAUAUUGUAGGAUUUGUCUACUCCAUCAUGUCUAGGAACAGUUUUGAGCAAGGGAACAUCGAUGGAGCCAGGCGGCUGGGCAGGGUAGCCAAACUACUGUCCGUCGUUUCCAUUGUGGGUGGAGUCGUCAUCAUAGUGGCGUGUGUUGUAAAUCUGUCAAUUAAUGUAAAAUCCUGAGGUCAGCCAUUCUCUGGAAUCCAUCUUCACGUCUGACCACUAACCGGAAGACCAUGGCCCAUUCUAUCGACGUCACCAUGCCCGUGACCACAGUCACAGCUAAGAGGUUGAUCACUAAGCAGGUGCCUCUACCCUUUCUGUCAUGCUCAAAUUACUGAGAGACCCUGAGCAAAGAUGCAGCAAGCCUGAAACACCACCACCACCACCAUCAUCACCAGGAAUGGAGCAGCAAUGCCAUCGGUGGUGUUCCAAUCUGCAAUCACACAUUUAAGACUGCUUCACUGGAGUGAUUAUUGACUGUCCUUCGAAAGUGGCUGUUGUAUUAGGCCUAAAUUAUCCUAAGUUGUUUGACAACACCUGUUGUAAAAAGCACUAUAUAAAUAAACUUUGACUUGACUAAAUUAUUCUCAAAUCCAAAAUGACCUCCACAUUGUAGAGAACUGUCUUGGCCAUACUAGCAAGCAUAAUAGAACAAAUAAGCUCUUGGAAAAUGUUUUUCAAAUAACACAGGCCUAAUCUGGACCAUUAAAGCACUUCUUAAGAGAAUAAAGGCCGGCCUGAAUGCAAUUUUUAAUUCAGUAGCAAGAAUAUCACUGUGCUAUCCAUUACUUUGACUGGCUUGCAGCAGACGAACAGUUCCUCGACAUGCUGAUGAUGACAUGAAGAAUCCAGAGAGUUUCCUUGCUUUCUGAAGAGACAGAAGAGACGCAUUGCAUUUACAAAGUGCAGAGAGAUGUGACGACACACUUGGGCGAACAUUGCAGUGACAUCAUGUAGGCCUAUCAAGGUGAAAAAUGACUGAUGCAUGGCUGGAACAGGAAAAAGAGAAUGAAAAAGAGAAAGAAAAUGAAAAUUGCACUUAUUUUUUUUUAUGUGUGUUCUUAUUUUUUUCAGCACUUUCAGUCCUUUGGUGUGACCUGACAAUCACAAAUCAUAGCAACAACAGAAUGACUGGAACAUUCAGUUAAAGUCACCAUCAAACACUUGACAAUUACCUAAGCAAGAAAUAUGACCAUCAAUAAAAAUGCAAUAACACAAUUGCAUAUAUAUAGUUCAGCAUUCAUAUUUGCUUCAGGAUCAUAACACAUAACCCCUUUUUGAUAAAACUAUAUGCAAGGGUAUAAAGAAAAUGUUGACUGUUUUCCUAAGACAAGAUCCAGUUUUUAUCAUAGAUACCAUAUACUGUGAACUUUUUGUACCGAAACGUGUUGUAGAGUUUGCAUCUAAACACUGUGUAACCCUUAAAAUAUCUGUCAGUGGUGGAUGCUUUGUAUUAUAUUUAUCUUUAUUAGCUCUUCCUGUAGCUGCAGUGGAAAUGUUGAGUUCCUCCUACAGAUGGGUCCAAAUGACCCAGAAAAUUGGUGUCGUUUUUAUGUGGGUAUCUGGAUUAGCUCAUAUAUUGUGGAAUAUUAAAUAUUACUUUAAAGUGAUGGUUUGGUGAAAAACCAAUUUGACCAAUUUGUUCAGCCAAGAUCUGUUUGGGCCCAAUCCCAUUUCUUCUUCUUAUCCCAACCCUUGU